AUGGCACAAGAGCAAGCUAGAGAAAACGCUGGAAGAGUAACAAGACCGAGGAGAGUACGCACCUCGUUUACGUCUUUCCAGCUGAGCAAGCUGGAGGAGACGUUUAAGAAGAUGCCCGUCAUCAACAGACCGGUGAGGUACAGCCUGUCAUUGGAGCUAAAUCUGCAGGAAAAGCAGAUCAAAAUUUGGUUCCAAAAUCGCCGAAUGAAGGAGAAGAAGGAGAAUGCUAGAGUUGCUGCGAGUAUGGCAACGGCCAUGAACUCUCCGCCGAUGUUAGACCAAAACCAGCUCACACAAAUGCCAUCAACAUCAUGGUACAACCCAAACUCUUCACACUUUCUAACCCCAAUUUACAAGAACCAAGAAUGCACCGAACAAUACCAAACAGUGAACGAAGUAAGUCCAGUUGAAGACAAGACUUCCAACCAAGAGCAGACCUUCUCAGACAAAAUCAACUUUUACGAGAUUCAGCAGAUACUUGGAGAUAUUUAUUAA